AUGGCGGACAAAAAAGAAGGCUGGUCUGCCACAGCUCAAGCGUAUUCAACGAAAAUCGCCCAUCUCACAGGUCAAGGCGGCGAAGCCCUCCUCUCCCUCCUGACAUCCAACUUCCCACCCCCAGACCCUCAAUCCGCCUACAUCCUCGACGCCGGCGCCGGAACCGGCGUCUUCACCAAACUUCUCUCCACAACCUACCCCAACAUCCACAUCCACGCCACCGACUUCGCCCCCUCUAUGCUCUCCCUCCUCCAAACCCAAAACCUCCCCAACACCACCACCCAAAUCCUCGACUCCUCCCAAGACCACAUUUCCCAAGGCCUCCGCCCAAACACCUUCUCCCACGUCUUCAGCACCUUCCUCAUUCAAUUCCUCCCCGGCGAAGGUCCCAAAACCGCCAUUCAAGAAAUGACCCGCACUCUCAAACCCCAAACCGGCCUCCUCGGAACCGCAAUCUGGACAAAAAGCAGUAUGCACGAACCAUGGGAUCUCGCAUGCAGUAAUCUUGACCCCUCAUAUAUCCCGCCUUCGGCUUCGAAUCCUUUUGGACAAGUUAUGAAGAAUAUUCAAAAUCUUGAAGAUGCGUAUAGGGAGGCAGGGUUGUUGGAUGUUGUGUCUGAGGAAAAGGAAUUGUGGUUUGAGUGUAAAAGUGGAGAGGAAUUUGCGGAUUAUUUUAUUGAUUCGAAGAAUCCGGCUUUUAUGACGAUGCAGAAGGGGUGGAAAGGGGAUGUGGAGGUUGUGAGAAAGGAGAUGGCGAAUGUCGCGAGGGAGAAAUUUGGGAGUGGGGAUGGGAAAGUGAGAAUCCCUAUGGUGGCGGGAUGUGCUGUUGGGAGGAAGGCAGAAAGUUAG